AUGGAGGAAGACGAUGUGAUAAGCGAUCAGGAACUCGAAGAGAUAUCAAAAAGUUUUGAUAUAGGUGUUGGCAGUUCAAACGUUACACCACAAACUAGUAUAACGAUCAACCAUACAACACCAGAAGGGUCCGUGUUUCAGGAGCCAGGUGUAGAUAGAAAGUAUAGUCCAGUUUUAGGAAGUAUCUACGGAAGCCUAGAACAGUGCCAAAAAAUGUACCAAGAAUACGCGUAUAGGGUGGGAUUUGAUUUUAGAAAGUCAAAUAACAAAAAGACUAAUAGUGGGAGGAUAUACCAGAAGUGGUAUAUUUGCAGCAGAGCUGGCAAUCCACCAAAGAUGAAAGUGGACACGCUAGAAAAUUGUGGAAGGCUAAUUAGGAAAAGCAAUAUACAGCGUACAGGAUGCAGGGCGAUGGUGAGAUUUGAUUCCGUAGGUGAGAAAGGAUGUUUCAGGCUCGCUGUUUUUGAAGAAAUACACAACCACCUAAUGGAUCCGCCUCAACACAGACAUCUAUCAAAGCAUGAAAGGCAACUCAAAUAUGCUAAACAAUUGUUUGUCUACAAAGCAUCAGUAUGCAAUAUAGGACUAACCAAGGCACACCAGCUUUAUAGUACCAUAAAAGGUUGUGAUGAAAAUGUGAAUGGAACUGUAACUGAUUUCAGGAAUUGGUCACGGGAUCUCAAUGUUUAUAUCAGUGAAAGCGAUUCGCAAAUGCUGAUAAACAAAAUGGAAGAAAAGAAAGAGUAUUUUCCUGGUUUUUCAUUCUACUUCAAGGCUGAAGAUAGCGUGUUGCACUCGUUGUUUUGGGCAGAUGAAGUUGCUAAGUGCAACUACAACGAGUUCAGUGACAUUAUGUCAUUUGAUGCCACAUACCAAACGAACAGAUACAACAUGAUGUUUGUGCCUUUCACCGGCAUAGAUAACCACGGUAAAUGUGUGAGAUUUGCAGCGGGGCUCAUAUGGGAUGAAAAGGCAGAAACAUACAUUUGGCUGCUUAAAAGUUUCAUGGAUGCGUUCGGUAAGGAGCCGAUUAUGGUGGUGACUGAUCAAGACAAAUCCAUGGAAAUAGCCAUAAGGAAUGUAUUUAAAACAGCCAAACACAGGUUGUGCAUGUGGCGCAUUACACAGAAACUGCCAACCAAGGUUAAGGACGCGAUUCCAAGCAUUGAAGAUGAAGCACAAAGAGAUUUCAAGCAGCGAUUCGACAGUAUUAUCAGGACUUCUUGGAUACCAGCUUAUUUUAUCGACACCUCAAUGUUUGGGCUCAUGCGAACGACCUCAAGGUCUGAAAGUGAGAAUGCCUUCUUCUCCCAUUUCACAAGAUCGGGUUUAAACUUGAUCAACUUUAUGAGUGGGUUCGAAUUAGCGAUGCUGAAGCAAAGGUCAAAGCAGGAGGAUUUAGAUGCCAAGACAAUAAAAACCACUAGAGAGUAUUGCAGAAAGCUCGAAAUAGAAAGGCAUGCUGCAAAGGUGUAUACACACACGAUGUUUGAGGUGAUUCAAAAGGAGAUUGAGGCUGCUAUAUAUUCGUGUUCAUUGGCAAGGAUGACUACAGAGGAGUCUGCGCAAGUUGCUGUCAUACAAGAGAAUCGGCAAGGUUCAAAGACUGCGCAAUACAAGGUACUUCAUAACCGUGAGGAUGGUUUGAAACUGCUCCAAGAAUUUCUUGACAAGGUUAAAGCAUUGAAGAUUGAUGUUGAGAAGAACGUCCAAAAGACACCAAAGAAGAAGAAAGAAGAUACUAUGGCAAAUAUGAUUGGGACCAGAAGGCCUGACGAAGUCCAUGUAAACAACCCACCAGUUGGAUCAUAUAAAGGGUGUGCGAAAAAGACAAGAAUAAUGGGCGGCAAAGAGUUGGGAAUAAAAGAAAGCCAAAAGAGAAAGGCGAUGUGCAGAAACUGUGGUGGUACAAACCACAAUGCAAGAACGUGCGGUAAAGAAAAAGUUACGAAGAAACAGUGCACUUCAAUUGAGUUUGCGAAACAAAACAAUUCAAAUGAGGCUUCUGUCAGCAAUCCAUGA